AACAUAAGCGACCAUCAGCCCAGCUGAUCACUGUCAACACGGGGCGUUGUUGUGGGCUCCAGCGGUCGGCUGGCGAACUCUUCUUCCAAACUGCACCUAUUAUUAAAAAAGAAGAUUUACCAGAAUUAACCUGACGGCCACUAGCAUUCUGGUGGCCUCAUCGAGGACAGGAAGCCGGCGGCUUGUCAAAGGCCCUUUUUAUUUGCUUUGAAGAUGAUUGAACAAACCGUAGAAAAGAGAAUGGACGUCUCUAGGCAGUUAGAAAAAGAAAUGAGUCAGUUGGGAAAUCUUCGGGAAGUCCUAUCACGAUCAAGUCAAGUGGCAACCAAUGUGGGUAGCAUCUUGGAUUCCUUUGAACACCGACUGGCCCGCCUAGAGACGACUAUCCUUCCUCUGUAUCAACAGACCGGCAACUUACAACGAAGACAAUUAAAUACAGAGAAGACUUUGCAGGAAUUAGACUAUGUUAUUAGUUUCUACAAUGUCGCGGGUCAAGUGGAAGCAGUAAUCAAAGAACGACCAAGUAGCAUUGGAGUCCCACAGUAUUUAGAAGCUAUGAACCGUUUAGCAGAGACCUGCAAGUAUUUUGAGCAGAAUAACCCUCAGAGCGUUGAAAUUGAGAAUGUGACUUCCCUUUUUGAAGUUGGGACGGAUCAACUUAGUAAGGAGUUUCGAGAUGAACUUAAAAAGUACCAGAAACCAGUACUUCCAAUGGCAACUUUGGAACUGCUUGAAGAGGAAGAAGUAAGUGAAGAUACCAUCAGUGGAGUAGAAUUGGUGCCUCCUGGCGUGAGAGAAGAUUUGCGUGCUAUUGCAACAUGGCUCGACAAACACAACAACACUGACCGACUCACAGUCUAUGCAAAACUGCGCUCUGAUGCACUUUCACAGAGUUUAAAGGCUUUGCGAGAUUUCCAACGGAGUAGCAGUAUUGAACGAGUUGGAGCUACAAGUUCGUUAAAUUCUCCAGGGCCCCUUCGUGCUAGGAUGGCAAAAAUGGAUAACACCUCCAAAAGCCGAACACAGAAGAUAUCUAACAGAGCAAACCGGAUGCUCCAGAAGGCCAUCACGGGACACGUGUCAUCACGCAGACAAGGUUCUCCUGGAAAUACUUCGUACUCCCUGCAUGGCACCCUCACCCCUCCGCAUGUGACAACUCCCGGAAUAGUGGGUGAAGAAGUCCUCGAAGAUAGUGACGUUGAACUUUAUUUAAACCAGGUUACUGCUCUUCAUCGGUUAGCCUUUGCGGAACUCCUCUUGGCUCAACAACUGGUACCGGAAGAUAGGGUCACUCGGACAUUUGAGCUAAUUCUCCGAGACCCGAUGGAUCAAUUGGUUGCUGAGGGAGAGAGUUUGGCUGGUCAAGCACGCAGGAGUGUCGGUAGAGGAGAUCAUCAGGCUGUGCUCUCCGUUUUGGCUAUGUUACGUCACGUUACAAACAUGCAGCCAGAGUACGAUCGCCUCCUAACAAACUGCCAGACAUCAAUACGCUCAAAAUUUGCUGCAAUCAUAAAUAUGUUACAAGAGACUUGUGUGAAAGCUCUGGAGGGCUUCGUGGACAGUGUGAAGAGUGACGGAGAACGUGCCCUGCCUAAAGAUGGUACUGUACAUGAGGUCACCAGUAACGCGCUCAUCUUCACUGAACAGCUGCUGGAAUAUGCCUACACUUUAUCACCGAUGCUUCAACGGGACCCAAGUUUAAGCUCGGCUUUAUCCAAUUUACCUCGAGGAAUAGAUCAGACACUUGUAGCUAAAGCCCUCCUUGGAGCUUACAUUAAAAGAGUUUUGGUAAACUUGGGUUUGGCACUGGUGAGUCGUAGUGAAGCAUAUAGUGACACUACUCUGAAAGCAGUGUUUCGUCUGAACAACUACAACUACAUAUUGAAGACACUGCACAGUUCGGAGCUUUUGCAUCUGGUGGCACUGAUUGAACCACAGUGUGACAAGAUGUAUAAUGAUCAGAUAAUGGAGCAGAAAAGAUUAUAUUCACAGAGUUGGAGCCGUGUUCUACACUAUCUGGUUAACCAUGAUGAUGUCCCACUGUCAGUCAUUCAGGCUGGCAAAUUACGUGACAAAGAUCGACAGCUUAUUAAAGACAAAUUUGCGGGUUUCAACAAAGAAAUUGAAGAGAUGUCGAAAGUUCAGCGUAGUUAUUCUCUCCCUGAUCGAGAGCUACGAGAAAGCCUGAAGAGAGACAAUAUGGAGUACAUCCUUCCAAAGUACCAGGCAUUUUAUGACAAAUACGUCAAUGUUGCAUUCACAAAGAACAUGGAAAAAUACAUCAAGUACUCCCCGGCAGAUGUGUCGAAUAUGGUGGAUAAGUUUUUUGAUGUUGCUGCUUAAUUUACGUCAGAAUAUUUCUAAGGAAAAUUUAACUAGAAUUUUAUGGUCUAUAACUGUGUAUAAUAACCAACCCACAUACAGGAAAAGUAAGGAAAGUGACAACAUGUUGGUCUGCCCUGAUCCCAUAUCAAGUCAUAUCAGAGACUUGACAUGACUUAAUAAGGGUCAAGGACAGAGCCUUAUUAAAUCAUGAGUUAAUAACUGGCCAAGACAGCCCGAAGUUGUGUAAUCCUCUCUUCAUGUAUGGGAGGUUGGGGUCAUUAACUUUGUCUAUCGUGACUCAUUCCAUAAAAAUAUGUGAUAACCUGCUAUUUAUAUUUGUCACCUUCAUUUAUAUUUGUCUAUAAUUUGUAUUUGUUGUUGAAUUUACAACAUAUGAGAUCUCUCAUUUACAAGACGAUUUGAUAAUUACUGAACUAGCAUAUAAAGUCGUGUUACGUGCCCAGAACAUAGGUGUAUGCAGACCUAGUUAUUUUGAGAGAGUUGCUAACAUUGAGUAAAGGUGUCUUGAGCUACACUCUAUAGUGUUUUUUGUUUUAUAUAUGCUGAAAUAUAUCAAAAUAUUUGAGUGUUUGCCAUCAGGCAAGAAAUGUUUAAUAGGGUUACAUAUAUAGUGAGACACUGACAGGGACUUUGAUUCUAUAGUCUGAAAUAUCCUUAGGUGGGAAUACAGAGUAUUACCUCUUUUAGAGCCUCUAUGGAUAUUCAUUUGUCUUGUUAUAAUUCCCGUUGUCGUAGACAGGAAGCCUGCUCUAAGUUGAUCGAGGUUCCCCGCUGGACAACUGGUGACCUUACCUAGGAGGCAGCUCACAACAGUUGCCUGACUCCCAGGUAUCUAUUUUACUGCAUGGUGAACAAAUACAUCAGAUGAAAGAAAAUAUACUCAAGCGUUUCUGUCCAGUCCGGGGACUGAACCCAAUUCCAUGGUAGUGAGUCAAAGAUGCAGAUUACUGUGCUAUAGAACCCAACUACAGUAUUUAUGAUAAUAAAUACCGAUUACUGUAUUAAUACAUAUAAAACAUAUACCAGUAAUUCUUGUGUUAAUUCAUAAAAUGUGUAAUACAUAUAAUUGUGCUACAGAACCCAUGUAAUAAUUAAUCCUGUACAUAAAAUAAUACAUACUGUAUGUUAUUUUUAAAAAUGGUCCUAUGUUUGAUUCGUUGGUAUGAUGAGAUUUUUUGCCAUGUUUCCCAAUGUGGCUAAGGCCUAUGUUCACCUAGCAGUAAAUAUGUACCUGGAAGUUAGUCAAGUAAUGUGGGUUGCAUCGAGGGAGUGGUCAGCUGUUGGCUUAGUGCCGGGGCUUAGUGCCUUAUUGUCACAUCUCAAUAUGACACAGGCUUUGGACCCCAAUAAUGGACAAUUAUUCUGGUCACACUAAUCAUGCAUGCAUACAUUCAUGUGCUUUAUCAUUAAGAUAGAAAAGACAUUAAUAAGUUGUCCCCAUUAAAUCUAUUGGUGCAUUAUGUACUGAUGUAAAGUAUUUGAGUUUUUAUAUAAAUAUAUUCUGUAUACAGUAUUAUUUCAUGAUUUGUUACAAUAUAUGUUAUGGAAGUUUUAUAUAUGCAUUAUAAAUUAUAAAGUGAUAGUAGCGUUUAUUCACUAAUUUCCUAAAAAAACUAGUUCAUGCUUACGGCUGGCUUUGCCUUGAUCAACUCAAUCUGUUUGAACCAAUGGGGCCCCCAUGCCCAUUUGGGGCCCCACACUAGGCUUUGCACCUCAAGCUUUGAAAAAUAAGGAAUGGCCUUAUAGAAAAGGCUGGAAGAUCCUCUUGAUCAUUCACAAAGGAAAAA